ACGCCGGUAGCGGGAUCGCCGCGCUCGCUCUCGCCGCAGACGUCGCCCGUCGCAGCAAUGGCCGCCUCCAGCAGCAGCAGCAGCGAGGAGGAGCGCAGCCUCCGGGAGUGUGAGCUCUACGUGCAAAAACACAACAUCCAGCAGCUCCUGAAGGAUUGCAUUGUCCAGCUCUGCACCGUGCGACCCGAAAGGCCCAUGGGUUUCCUCAGGGAAUACUUCGAGAGGCUGGAGAAGGAGGAAGCAAAGCAGCUGUUGAACCAACAGAAAUCGGGUUCACGCUCGGACUCACGGGAGGAUGAAAUCUCCCCUCCUCCUCCCAUGAACCCUGUGGUGAAGGGUCGGCGAAGGCGUGGGGCCAUUAGUGCAGAAGUCUAUACAGAAGAGGAUGCAGCGUCUUAUGUCAGAAAGGUUAUUCCCAAAGAUUACAAGACUAUGGCUGCUUUGGCAAAGGCCAUUGAGAAAAAUGUGCUGUUUGCCCACCUGGACGAUAAUGAAAGGAGCGACAUCUUUGAUGCCAUGUUUCCUGUCACCUACAUCGCAGGCGAGACUGUGAUACAGCAAGGUGACGAAGGAGACAACUUCUACGUUGUGGAUCAAGGGGAAAUGGAUGUUUACGUGAACAAUGAGUGGGCAACCAGUGUUGGGGAAGGGGGCAGCUUUGGAGAACUUGCCCUGAUCUAUGGGACGCCCCGAGCAGCAACCGUCAAAGCAAAGACAAACGUGAAGUUGUGGGGCAUCGACAGAGACAGCUACCGGAGAAUCCUCAUGGGAAGUACAUUAAGGAAGAGAAAGAUGUACGAGGAGUUCCUCAGCAAAGUCUCCAUACUGGAAUCUCUGGACAAGUGGGAGCGUCUCACGGUCGCUGAUGCACUGGAGCCGGUGCAGUUUGAGGAUGGACAGAAGAUUGUGGUGCAGGGAGAACCCGGUGACGAGUUCUUUAUUAUCUUAGAGGGCACAGCCGCUGUGUUGCAGCGUAGGUCGGAAAACGAGGAGUUUGUGGAAGUGGGCAGACUGGCACCUUCGGAUUACUUUGGUGAAAUAGCUCUCUUGAUGAACCGCCCUCGUGCUGCCACAGUCGUUGCCCGUGGCCCAUUGAAGUGCGUGAAGCUCGACCGCCCCCGAUUCGAACGCGUCCUGGGUCCGUGCUCGGAUAUUCUCAAGCGCAACAUCCAGCAGUACAACAGUUUUGUAUCGCUGUCUGUCUGAGCCCUCCCUCCCUCCAACACACGCUUCACAAAUGCAGACUGCUUGACUACCCCUGUGCAGAGCCACGUGGCCACUGGCAUUUGCAGCUUCCUGUCUGUUUAAACAAAAGAAUACCCCGACCCCAAGCUUUUCCUGGCCCCAUUUUUAAUUUGGAGCAUGAGUUCUGUGCUCUCCCUCCCGGCAAAUAAAUAGAACGAGUUCUACGGAGACUUUGCUGUUACUGCUUCUCUCUGUGCAAUGUGUAGUGUCCACCUCGGGCAGCUGCUGCCUUGCUUUGCAGUGGAGAGGUCUCCUGUCCCAGCUAGUUGCCAUAGAGUAAGGAGGUAACAGUGGAAAUGAUUUUUUUGUUAAGAUCCUUCUCAAGCUGUCAGGAUCUGUGAGGCUGUGGUCAUGCCCUGCUGGAUUUCUGUUCGAAAGAGAACUUUGCCCCUCACACAGUUGAGUUUCAAUUUUUAAAUUUCCUGGGUACUGUAAUCCUGGCAUCGGCUGCUGGGAAAAGCCGCAGUUGGAGCUUAGCAGUGUCGUUGUACCCGUGUCUGCCAGUUGACGGUUGCUUGGUUCUGUAUUGUCAAGUUUCACGUAAAAAGCUUUCGAGGUUUCUAGUUCCGGUCAACUCUCGCAGAUGUUACUGAAUUCCCCGGUUCACGCCGCAGCCGAUCUUUUAACCUUUCCUGUUUUCAGCUGCGGAUUUGCUUUUCUCAGUCGUUCCUGCUUGUAACCUCAGGAGCCAAACGCUGGGUUAAAUGCCAGUGCUGAACUUCCGUCUCUAGUUCCUUGACUAGAGCCACA